AUGGCCUUGUGGGGCCAUGCGAUGCGGGACGAGGACAUGGAUAUGGAAUUGGGAGAGGUCCCCACACCAGAAGCUAAACCAAUCCUGCCGUCUCCUGAGCUGUACGGGCAGCACACACCGAGCGAUGCAACAUUUAACUGGACUGCCCUGUCACCCUACAACUUUGGACCAAAGUAUCAGUCCGGCCCCGUUCCAUUCCGGGACGUGUAUCAUCAGAUACAUAUAGCUUCUGGAAUCGCUGCCUGUCGUUUCUGGGCGUCUCUACGGAACAAACUUCAUGACAUAUGCCAGGUCUAUAGCGUUUCCCUCGUCUUUAAAGCUCCAACUGUUGUCAUGUUCGGCACCUUGACCAUCCACCCCAAGGCACCAUUGGCCUUUGUCGAGAAUCCUAACAUUGCCUCGGUUCUCAGUCGAAAUCGCCGAGACAAGCCGCAUGUUUCUUGCGAGCUGUGCAGAGCCCGAAAGACCCGCUGCAGUGGAGAGGCUUCUGGCUGUGAUAAAUGCGUCGCAAUGUCUGCCGAGUGUCGUUAUCCUCCUCGCGAUCAAAAUGCGCAUCGUACGAAGCGACGACAUGCUUCUAUGAAUGAUGAAGCCGCCGAGAACACGCAUGCAAUUACCGUUACCACCAACAAGACCAACCAGGACGGCAACACACGUGCAACCAACAGUGUCAACAGCCACAAUACCAACAACACCAACCAAGAUGUCCAGCGAGACUUGAGCGAAGCAGAACAGCCGAUGGUGCAGCGCAGUCGGAUAGAACCCUUACAACCUGUCCCAUGUGCCUCCCCAACGGGCGGCAUGGACGUCACCGGCCUGAACAACGCCGAUGUGGAGCCCAACGCCGACCAACAAGAUAUCGAACAGUGGUUAUUCUCCAACGUGCCCAGCCACCCAAGCCUUCUCCCUGACGGCGCCGCGGGGACGGGGAUGGAAGACUGGGCGGAUAUGGCGUCGAUUCUUGACCCAGCCAUGUCUGCGCAUCCAGACCCCUUUGGCGAUGAUGCCGAAACCUUGUACGAUCUUCAACCCGAUCACACAUUAGACGAUUCGAAAUACCCUUGUGAAGCAGCUUUGGAAGACGGUGACCGCCAUCAUCUCCCAUUGAGACGACGUGCCGUGUCGCCCUUUUCCGUACUACCCAUCAAGCACUCACCUAGUGACACUUUUGUUCAAAGACAACAAACCCAUCAGCAACAGCAGCAACAGAGGCAACAGCAACCGCAACACCCGUGCCACCAACAUGCGAGUCUCGAUUCACAGGGAUUUACCUCUGUCGGCAACCACGGAGGCUGGUCUUCCAUCUCGCAGAUAAAUUUCAGUAGAAAGCGACGCGCUGCUACUGCAGACAGUCGGGGCAGGCCCCUUACCAGUAGCGGGAAUGCCAGUGCCAGCGCCAGCGCCAGACCGUCAGCCACCCGCCGAAGGACCCGAGGACCGGAAUCAUCCACCUGCACAAUGUCCCAUGCCCAAGGAGGAGGAGGAGGAGGAGGAGGAGGCGAAGUCACUUCUUCCACCACCGCUACCCUCUCAGCCACCAAUACCCCUAACACCACUACCAACAGCACCACCAUCACCACCCACACCGGCAGCACCGCCACCUCGUGUCCCUGCCUCCACCACACCAUCCUCCUCCUCGAAGAGCUGGGGGCUAAAUACGCCGCUGAUCAACCUGCCACGCUGGACAUCAUGCUGAGCUUCCUCCGGAGCGCCCUCUCCCACUGCACCGCGGCGCUGGACUGCAGCCGGUGUCAGGAGCAAGGGGAGACGAACAUCCUCGUGGCGGUGGUGUGCCAGUACAUGUGCGUCCUGUACGAGCGCGUGGUCCGCGCAUGCGUCGGGAUGCUGGAGACGACCAUCGCAAGUCCAUGUCGGGAAGAACAGGGCGCCGCCAGCAACCCCCCCGGCUCGGCGGCCAAGGCGUCGUCGUUCCCUUUAUCACAUGCAUCCUCCUUAUGGUCAUCUGGACGACCCCUGACCGCCGGCCCGGACGACUGCGAGUCGGUCGGGACGUCGAAUGGCCGGUCCAGCGAUUCUACGGAGGAUAUGUGGUUUUCGACGUACCGAAUCGAGAGUAACUGCGAGCGCAUGCAUGUCCUUACUACCCUCGUCACGGUUCAGUCUACCGAAUUUGCGCGGUUACUGGGCCGGGUGAGGAUGCGGGUUGGAGGGAGCAGAAAAGAGGACCAAUCGUAUGCGGCGCAUGCUUAA